AUGGAGUCAGGCAUAUCUUUCCGUGAAAACUCACCUCUUACUUGCCCCUCCAAUAUUGAAGCCUCCCAGAGCGCUGCGUCCGAUGCAGGUUCGGAAAGCGAAUCGGACGGGUCCGAACUUGAGCUUGACUAUGACGACGACUGUCCCUGCUCGCAAUGCAUUGACCCAUACGAGGAUUUCGACUCGUCUCACGUGCGGCAUAUCAUCUCCAGCAACCAAGCGCCCAUGGCAAGCGAGAUCCAGUGCAUCGAGGAAACGUUGGAAGCAGGGAAAUCCCACAGGAAGAGAUUGAUGUCGCGGAUUGUGGAGCUGACCUCCCUAAUCAACAAACACAUCAAGGAGCACGAACGCUUGACGGAUGCCAGAGAGGCGUUGGACGAGGAUCUCUUGCUGUUUCGAGGCUCCAUGUCGGUUCUGCGGCGCGUGCCCACCGAGGUCCUUUCCAUCAUCUUCACCUACGCUGCGGAUCCUUCUGAGAGGUACGGCGACCACCCGCCGUGGACUGUGAGCCAAGUGUCGCGGCAGUGGCGCGCCAUCGCGCUGGCGCAGCCGUUGCUGUGGAACGAAGUCGUCAUCGACUCGCAGCAAAGCUGGCGAUUCAGGCGUGCCCCCAUCUUGCGCCUCGAGCUUCAGCUCUCGCGCGCCGCCUCUGUCCCUCUCCAAGUCGUCUUGCGUGGACAGCAGGUCCCGAUGUCCUCCUACUACGGCUUUUCGCGGUUUGAGCUUUUCUCCCGCAUGGUGGAGACCGUCAUGGCGCAGUCGAAUCGGUGGGGCUCUAUCGUCGUGGAUACGGACCUGUUCAACCCGCGAGGGUCACUGCUUGCUAGGAUCCGCGGAAACGUAGACAAUCUCCGCACUCUCACCUGGAUCCUGGACUGCGGUCGAGUCACUGGCGGACCACCGAUCGAUGCCUUUGAGAUCGCGCCCAAGCUCGAAGAAGUCCACAUACAUGACACUACCGGCUGGUCGAGGAACUCGGAUGGGUGCCGCGAAGGGCUGCGGCUUAAUGCACCUGGGCUGACAGUGUAUAGCGCAAGAACGAGCUGGGAACAUCAUCUGACCGCCCUCAAGUCCUCUUCUACCAACCUUGUUGAAUGCUUCCUGGCAGUGCCCGGUCCGAUCGUGGAACAGGCGGAGAUCAUUGACGCACCGAAUUUGCGACGGGUGGCGACCACCGACGCCGGGUUAUUGAACCACUUUCGAGCGCCUGCACUGGAAGCCAUCUAUUGCAUAAGCCGAGACAACCAGCUGUCCCAAUUUCUGCAAACACAUCCGGGGCUCCCGUUAAAGACCGCAGUUCUGCUGUUCCCCGCCUCGGUCGCAGACAUCACCGCGACUCUCCAUGCUGCACCUGAGCUGCAGCACUUUGGUGUCUGUGUCCGUCCAGAGCUGUUGGACACCUUGCAUCGCUUGCUGACGCUUGGCCCCGGCCGGCGACUUGCGCCUGGUAUUGAGCAGCUCUUCAUUGGACAGCGCGAUCGCACGGAGAGCCGUUGUUGGGACGAGGACCUCUGCCGCAAAAUGGUGGAAUCGCGCUGGCGGCAGGGCUCUCUGCGAGAUACACUCGUUCCAAUGAGGGAUCCCUGGGCGGAUCUGGACUGGGCCAGCCCGCGUGGUGGUGACCCGGAGCCGGAGGUUUCGUGGGACCAGGUCUUGAGCGAUGAAGGCCUCACGAUCAACGCGUUGUGGGGCUGGACUGCGGAUGCUGAUCAGUGGCACAUGAAAAUCGUGCCCCAGAGGCUGAACAGAUUUCAUCGCGAGGAGCUCACGAACAAUUAG